AUGGCUACUACAAGGAGAGAUACUUUAUUGAAAAUACAGGCAGAGGUGCAAAACUGGUGGGAACAGGAGCACGUCUUCGACGUUGACGCUCCAGAAGACUUUGAUGCCGAGGGCGGCUGGUCCAGUCUCGGAGUGGAGCCUCGGCAGAAACCGACGUUCUUCGUCACGUUUCCUUACAUCUACGCAAAUGGACCGAUCCACCUGGGUCACGCGUUUUCGCUGAGUAAGGCGGAGUUUGCAGUGGCGUAUCAACGUAUGAAAAGACGCCCGUGCCUCUUUCCCUUUGGCUUUCACUGUACGGGGAUGCCGAUCCAAGCGUCGGCGACGAAACUGGCCAGAGAGCUGGAAACCUACGGGUGUCCGCCUCAGUUUCCCGACACGCCUCAGCGUACAGGUGCAGACGCAGGCCUGGAUGCACCUGUCGACGGCUCGGUGGGGCUAAAGUCGAAAGUUUUGGCAAAAACUGGCGGCCUCCGCUUCCAAUACCGUAUUCUGCAGGCGGUCGGUGUUCCCGACACGGAAAUUCCCUCUUUCACGGAUCCGUUCAAGUGGCUCAUGUACUGGCCACCGAUCGGUAUGCAGGAUGCGAAACAGCUUGGACUGCACGUGGACUGGCGGCGUUCCUUCAUCACCACAGAGGCGAACCCGUAUUACGACGCGUUCGUGCGGUGGCAUUUCGAAAAACUCCGAGCACAAGGUCGUAUCAAGUUCGGAAAACGCUACACCAUCUAUUCCCCGCUAGACAGGCAGGCCUGUGCGGAUCAUGAUCGAGCUAGUGGCGAGGGUGUCCAACCACAGGAAUACGUGCUGAUAAAAAUGCAGGUACUGGAGCCGUUUCCGGCUGUGUUGGAACCGCUCGCUGGGCGACGAGUCUACCUGGCUGCCGCUACAUUGCGUCCAGAGACUAUGUACGGUCAGACGAAUUGUUGGAUAGCGCCCGACGGAAGCUACGGUGCCUACGAGGUCAACGCAGAUGGCGAUGUGUUUAUUGUCACAGAGCGAGCAGCGCGGAACCUCGCCUUUCAGUAUUGGUCACCAGUCUACGGGGAGACACGCUGCCUAUUGGGGCCCUUCCCAGGCGCGGCGUUGCUGGGUGCCGCAGUGCGCGCCCCGCUUAGCAGCUACGAGCACGUCUAUGUGCUACCGAUGCUAAGCAUCACAUCGGACAAGGGUACUGGAGUCGUUACCAGCGUACCGAGCGAUUCACCCGACGAUUACCGUGCGCUGCAGGACCUGAAAGAGAAGCCUGCUCUGCGUCGCAAGUACGGUCUCCGGGAUGAGUGGGUGUUGCCCUUUGAACCGGUGCCCAUCAUUCAAGUGCCCGAGAUGGGAUCGCUCUCUGCUCAGGCAGCCUGUGAACGGUAUCGGGUGCACUCCCAGAACGAUCGCGAUGCGCUCGCCAAAGCCAAGGAUGAAGUCUAUCUGCGGGGCUUUUAUGACGGAGUGCUCUUGGUGGGCCCCCAUGCCGGCCAGCGCGUUCACGUUGCCAAGCCACUGAUUCGUCAGCUGCUGCUCGACCAAGGCGAUGCGGUGGUCUACUCGGAGCCAGAGCGCCCUGUUGUAUCACGCUCCGGCGAUGAGUGUGUGGUCGCGCUCUGCGACCAGUGGUACAUCGAUUACGGUGAGGAGCAGUGGAAGCAGCUCGCCAGAACGUGUCUAGAGGCCAUGGAGACGUACCACCCGGAAACGAAACGCAGUUUCGAAGCAGUCCUUGAGUGGCUUCGCGAAUGGGCGUGCUCUCGUUCGUUCGGACUGGGAACGCGUCUGCCUUGGGACCCGCAGUAUGUGAUCGAAUCACUCAGUGAUAGCACGAUCUAUAUGGCAUACUACACCGUUGCACACAUCCUGCAUCGGGACUUGAACGGCCAGGUUCCGGGGGCGGCUGGUCCAGCCAGCCAACUCACUCCGGCUGUCUGGAACUAUGUUUUUCUCGGUCAAGGCGAUGCAGAAUCUCUCCCGAUACCCAGCUCUGUUGCACGAGCGAUGCGGCGCGAGUUUCUCUACUGGUACCCGCUGAAUCUGCGCGUGAGCGGCAAAGACCUGAUCAAUAACCAUUUGACGUUCUUCAUCUACAACCAUGUGGCUAUCUUUCCGCCCGACAAGUGGCCUUUGGGAGUGCGCGCAAACGGCCAUAUUAUGAUCAACAAUGAGAAAAUGUCCAAGUCAACGGGCAACUUUCUCACGCUAGCGGAGGCAGUACGGAAUUUCUCCGCAGAUGCGGUGCGAUUUGCGCUCGCGGAUGCCGGCGACGGCGUUGAUGACGCCAACUUUCAAGUGAAGACGGCGGAUGAGGCUAUUUUGAAACUGACAACUCUUUUAGCGCUCGCCACUGAAGCGCAGGCUCUGCUCAAGAAUGGGCAGAUGCGUUCAGGUCAGCCGCUUCAGUUCUGGGAUCGCGUUAUGGAGGCGGAAGUGGAUGCACUGGUGGCAGCCGCAGCGCACGCGUACGAACGACUCGAGUUUCGAGACGCCCUCAAGUUCGCGUUCUAUGAAUUGCAGGAUGCACUGGGGAUUUGGCGGGUCGCUGUUGGCGGGGAUACCGACCUCACAAAACUGCAUCAUGAGGUAUGGCGUCACUAUAUUCAUGCGCAGGUGAUUGCGCUCUACCCGAUCUGUCCGCAUACGUGUACUUGGAUAUGGAGACGGCUGCUCCACGAAAAGUCGCCAGCCCCGCCAAUGCACUGGCUGGAAACGAGCCCUUUACUGGGGUCACCCGAACGGGUCGCCAUUCGAGCUGCCGGUCGCUAUCUACAGGCGCUUUUGCAUCGAGCCCGACUCGUGCUGCAGAAACGCCUUGCGCAUCGAUCGCAACGUGCAGGGGAUGCUGCUGCCCCUACUGCUUCUACCAGCACCGAUGACAAGGAAGAGCGCGAGCGCGACCCCAGUGAUCAAGUAGGUGCUCGAGCUGUGCGCGUACGACUCGUGGUUCGCACGACACCAACAGCUUGGCAAACUCGCUGCGUCGAACUUGUUCAACAGGCGUAUGACCCUACGACUCAGUCGUUUGCAGCGGACCUGCCGAAACGCAUAGCUUCGGAUCCGGUCUUGCGACGGGUUGCCAAACGAGCAAUGGCACUGGCGAUGACGUUGCGGGAGCGGAAGGACUUUACGGUGGCGCUUGAGUUUGACGAAAAGGCGGUACUUUUGGAAAAUCUCGGCUACCUAGCGCAGCAGCUGGGCGUGCAUGAAGUGGAACUAGAUGUCGAUGGCCCCGAAGCGGAGCAGCGCGGUGUCAUCAUGGGCGAACCCGUUAUUCUCGUGUUUGAUGCAUAA